AUGACAACUGAGAAAAGUUCAGUGACAACCUGGAGAGACAGGAGACAACCAGGAGAGACAGGGAUGAGAGGUGUGGAGGCUUGGCAGGCCAAAGCACAACUUCCAUACCCCCGACGUCGCGCGAGAGCGGGGGAGGAUGAGCGACCUGUUGGGACAGAAAAUCAGGAUACAACCAGGCAACGAAAAACGACGACGAUUACGAACAGUGGAAAUGUAUGCAGCUGUGGGAAAGUAUGCAAGAAUCAAAAGGGGCUUAAAAUCCACAUGGGGAGUAUGGGAUGUAAGCCAGAUCAGCAGAGAACACAAUGCACAGGGCAACCUGGUGAGACGGAGGAGGAAAUGGUUCAGGACGAAAACCACAGCGACCGCAGCCUCCAUGUGUUAGGUAAUUAUGAAACUUCAUACAGUGAAAGUCAUGACAGCGAGGACAACAACCAAUCACAGAGCAGCAAUCAACAGCAAGAAGAGAUGGGAGACAACAGGGGUACUGACAGCAAUAUAAGAAAGAGGAAAGUAAAAUGGCCAAACAGUAACAACAAAAGUGACUGGGAACAGUUUGACCAAGAUGUGGAUGCAAUUCUGAACACAACCCUUGCAGGCAGUAUUGACAGGAAAAUAGAAGCUAUGACAUCAAUUAUAUACAGCGUAGGUCUAGACAGGUUUGUUGCAGAACAAAGGAAAAAGUCACAAAAAGAAGGAAGGAAGAACAGGAGAGAGAGGGAAAUAGCUAAGAUGAGAAAAGACCUGCGGCAGCUUCGUAAGCAGUAUAGGAAAGCUACAGAUGAGGAGAAAACGGCACUAUCACAUUUACGAGAUAACAUCAGGGAGCAUCUCAAGAUAGCAAGAAGAGCAGAGAGAAGCAGGCGUAGAAGGAAACAGCGAGAAAGAGCAAGAGCAAGAUUCACUGCAGACCCAUUUCAGUUUACAUCAAGAUUACUAGGAAAGAAAGGUUCAUUGAAAUCUUCGAAGGAAGACGUUGAGGAAUAUUUAAGGGAGAUGCACAGUGAUCCACAUAGGGAGGAAGAGUUAGGGGAGUGGGAGCAGUUGAUACACCAGGAAGAACCAAAUCAACCCUUUGAUGAAUCACCACCAAGACUAAAAGAAGUAGUAGAUGUUAUCAAGAAAGCCAGAGCAGCAUCAGCACCAGGACCAAAUGGGGUUCCAUAUAAAGUUUAUAAGAAUUGUCAACGGUUGACAAAGCGCCUCUGGAAACUGAUAAGAGUGGUCUGGAGGAGAGGCCGAUUUACAGAUAGCUGGUACAGAGCAGAAGGCUGUUUUAUUCCCAAAGAAGAGAAAUCAGAGACACUGAAACAAUUUAGGACUAUCUCGCUCCUGAACGUAGAAGGGAAGAUAUACCUUGCAAUUUUAGCAAGGAGAAUGUCUAGGUACAUGCUUGAGAAUCAGUAUAUUGCUAUCGCUGUGCAGAAAGGAGGAGUACCCGGAGUAUCAGGAUGUAUUGAGCACACAAGUGUACUUACACAGAUAAUCCGGGAAACAAAGGAGUCUAAAGGGGAGUUGGAAGUUAUCUGGCUAGAUCUAGCCAAUAUUCACAGUACAGGAUUACACUACAGCAUGGCAACGCUUAGAAGUUGGAAUAGUCAAAGGAUGCACCAUAUCCGUAAUCCUAUUUUCAGCAGCAAUGAACAUGAUAGUCAAGUCAGUGGAGAAGAAGAGCAGUGGGCCAUGAUGAAGUCAGGAGUACGCCAACCACCUGGGAGAGCAUUCAUGGAUGACAUGACAAUUACAACCAAGACAGGUAUUGAAGCCAUAGGACAAUACAUGAACUAG